AUGGGUAAGGUCUCCAUGGCAGGCACAACAUCCUUUCUGGUGAAUGCGAACCCAACCGUCACAAUUUUGGAAAAUUGCAAAAAAAUGGCCGAACUACGCCAAAUUCACGCCCACAUGAUCAAGACGAGCCUUGUCAAACACAACUUCGCCAUUAGCAGACUGGUCAACUCUUGCUGUCUCCAUGGUGCGUUAGACUACGCUUCUUCGAUUUUUCAUCGUAUUGAGGACCCCAAUCCUUUCAUAUUUUUCACUCUAAUAAAGGGUUUUUAUGGUUCUUCGAACCCAUUACAGUGUUUAAUUCUGUAUGCCCAUAUGCUUUCUUCUUCGAAGAGUUUAGAUGGUGUUGAGUUUUCUCUUCCUUCUGUGCUCAAAGUGUGCGCGGAAUUGGGUGCAUUGAAGGAAGCUAUGCAAAUUUAUGGCCAAAUAUUGAAAAACCAUUGGCAGGCUGAUUCAUAUGUGUCGAAUUCUGUGGUUCGGAUGUUUUUAGAAAUUGGGGAGAUUGAGUUGGCAAGAAGAGUGUUUGAUAGAAUGUCUAAGAGAGAUUUGAUUUCAUGGAAUUCAAUGAUUACGGGUUAUGUGAGGGCAGGAGAGAUUGAUUUGGCUCACGAGAUUUUUGAUAUGAUGCCAGAAAGGGACUUGGUUUCGUGCAAUGCAAUGAUUGAUGGGUAUGGUAAGGAUGCGAGGUGUGAGCUUGCCGAGGAGGUUUUUGGGAUGAUGAAUGAAAAGGAUGUGGUGACUUGGACAUCUAUGAUUUCAGCAUAUGUGCGUAGUCAUCGUCCAAGGGAAGCAUUAGUUAAGUUUAGGGAAAUGUUAAGGGUUGGAGUUAAACCUGAUGCCCCUGCUAUUGUUAGUGUGCUUUCAGCCAUUGCUGAUUUGGGUUUUGUCGAGGAGGGCAAAUGGUUGCAUUCCUAUAUAUGUACUAACAAAAUUAAAUUGACUUCUGGAUUCGUUGGAUCUGCUUUAAUUGAUAUGUAUGCUAAAUGUGGCUAUAUAGAAGAUGCAUAUGAUGUCUUUAGAAGUUUAUAUCAUAGGAGGAACAUUGGGGACUGGAAUUCUAUGAUCUCUGGCCUUGCCAUGCAUGGGCUUGGUCAAGAAGCCAUUGAAGUUUUCCUUGACUUGGAGAGGAUGGAGAUCAGCCCUGAUGAUAUCACCUUCCUUGGUCUCUUGAGUGCUUGUAGCCAUGCAGGUUUAGUCAACGAAGGUCAAUUUUAUUUCAAAAUCAUGCAAGAGAAGUACAAGAUCAUCCCUAAGAUUCAACACUAUGGAUGUUUAAUUGAUCUCUAUGGCAGAGUUGGACGAUUUGAAGACACUCUUGCUACCAUACACCACAUGCCCAUGGAAGCUGAUGUUUUAGCUUGGAAAGCUAUUCUCAGUGCCAGCGUGAAACAUGGGAAUGUUGCAAUCGGUGAAACUGCUGCUCUCAAAGUUAUAGAAUUGACUCCAGCAGACUCCAGUUGUUAUAUUCUCCUCUCUAAUAUCUAUGCUAAAUCUGGUAGAUGGGAUGAUGUGGAAAAUGUUAGAUUGAUGAUGAAAAAGAGAGGGAUGAAAAAGGUUCCUGGAUGCAGUUCAAUCUUUGUGAAUGGGAAAGUUCACGAGUUCAUCAUGGGUAAGACAAUGGAUGUGAAUUAUGGUGGUGGGGUUCUUUCUAAGACAAAGGAGAUGGUUUCUUUGCUGAAGAAAGAAGGCUAUGAGCCCGACCUGACUCAAGUUCUGCGAGAUGUUGGGGAAGAUGAAAAAGAAAGAUUGCUUAGCUUUCAUAGUGAGAAGAUGGCCCUUGCAUUUGGGCUUAUAAAGAAAGCCAACAGUGCUCCUAUUCAAAUAGUAAAAAACCUGAGAAUUUGUUGUGAUUGUCACUCCUUUAUGAAGUUGGCUUCCAGGAUUUACAACCGUAGACUUAUCGUGAGAGAUCAAAACCGGUUCCACCAUUUUAAGGAUGGCAUUUGUUCUUGCAAUGAUUAUUGGACUCAGCAGAUGCAGAGAACAAAUGCAUUAAAUACCCCAUCACUCUGUUGUCCUGAAAAUUCUUGGGCCGUUAUGUUGUUAUCGAAGAACGAUAUUGUUCUGGGUUUGGCCACCAUCUAUCGACAGUUGCUGUGCUUGAAAAUAUCUCGGGGUAGGACAGUUAGCUCACUGGAGUUGAUAGUUGAUACAAGUGCGUGCUUUAAUGAGAGGAAGAUAAGCUUAGUUAGGUACCAACUACCAGUAAAAACAUGGACAGGAGUUGAAGAAAUCUAA